GCGGAGAAGAAGAAGAAGAAGAGGAGGAGGAGGAAGAGCGCCAUCUGUGGUGUUGUUCUCUUCACCGCUCCUUGAUCCUGAAGCGGUCUUUCUGCUCCAAACACAGAUCCCGUUAGCGCCAUGGACCCUGGGACCACCAUCCUGCGGGUGAAGCGGAAAAGAGGCACGGACCCCGCGGACGCGCUGCUGCUCGCCUGUAAACGGGUUAGAGCCGAGUCCGGCACCGCGCAGCCCGAACCCGAACCCGAGCACGCGCGCAUCGAAAACUCUGUGUUCAAGCUCGUGACCACGGUCUCCUCACAGGACGCUCCGGUGCAGACACACGUGCGUGAAGCUCUGUCACGUCCACGUCUUGCACACGCCCUGCGUCCGUCUCACGGCAGUUCCGACAGGAUCAUCGGCGACUUGCGCAACACCAAAUGGACCACGAGAAGAGAGGAGCGGUACCGGAUCCUGUCCGGCCACCGAGCCGGACUUCCUGCAGAGCCCGGCAAAGAUCGAGAACCUGAAGAGAACGCUCAGACAGACACAGAACCUCGCUUGGGAGGCGUGCAGGUGUUUGAUAUCGUUCAGGAAGACGGUGAGGAGGACGAGAAAGAUCCUGAGAAGAACAUGCAGUCCGACCCUGAGACGAUUCUGUGUAACUCUAUGAAGAUGAUACGUGAGAAGUUGAGCGUGUCGACACACGGAGCCGGGGCUGAACAUCGCGAGAAGGAGGAUGACUACGUUUACGAUCUGUACUACCAGGAGACGGCCACGCCCGGCUGGAUUCAGGACAUCUUAUCGGUCAGACCCUACACUGAAGAAGGAGAGCUGGUACCUGAUGAGGUCGCUUGGGAGGAAGAAGUGUAUGAGGAUGAGGAUGAUGAAAAUGCGGAAAGCAACUGGAGGAACGAUUACCCAGAUGAGGAGGACAGUGACGAGGAGAGUAAUGAAGAACGCUAUGGAGGCUGUUGGAGUGAGGAACAUUCAUACAGCCGGAGGAGCUGGGAGCGCUAUCAGAGGGAGGUGAUGAAGGAGCUGGAUGAUGAGGAGGAGAAAGAGGACAGAGAAGAAUAUGAUUCUGAUUGAGACUGUGUGUGUGUGUGUGUGUGUGUGUGUUUUUACUCCCAUGAUGAUGCAGUGAUGUUAGUUGAUGCGUAUAAUCUUGCGGAUGUUUUUUUUGCAUUGUUUCAGUGAGGUGAGUGUUGCUGUAUUUAGU